AUGUGAUUGCUAGUUGUUGCCAUUUACACAAAAUCGAGUAGGAAACUUACUUUCCUAUAUUUAGCAAACGAUGUCAUCCAGAACAGUAAGAGGAAAGGUCCUGAAUUUACUAGGGAAUUUGAAUCUGUUCUUGUGGAUGCUUUUUCUCAUGUUGCCAGAGAAGCAGAUGAGGGCUGCAAAAAGCCCUUGGAACGAUUGCUUAACAUCUGGCAAGAAAGGAGUGUGUAUGGCAGUGAGUUCAUACAGCAACUGAAACUUUCUAUGGAAGACUCCAAUAGCCCCCAAACUAAAGUUGCAGAGGAGAAGAAGUCUUUAAAGCGGACUUUUCAGCAAAUACAAGAGGAGGAAGAUGAUGAUUACCCUGGGAGCUACUCACCCCAAGACCCCAGUGCUGGGCCACUGCUGACAGAGGAUUUGAUCAAAGCCCUACAAGACCUGGAAAACGCAGCAUCAGGAGAUGCAACAGUGCGGCAAAAAAUUGCCUCCCUGCCUCAGGAAGUUCAAGAUGUUUCAUUAUUGGAGAAAAUUACAGACAAAGAGGCAGCCGAACGUCUUUCGAAGACCGUGGACGAAGCAUGCCUGUUGCUAGCAGAGUACAAUGGCCGGCUGGCAGCAGAGCUGGAGGACCGGCGCCAGCUGGCACGCAUGCUGAUUGAGUACACCCAGAAUCAGAAGGAUGUAUUGACAGAGAAAGAGAAGAAGCUAGAAGAAUAUAAACAGAAGCUUGCUCGGGUAACCCAGGUCCGCAAGGAGCUGAAAUCCCACAUCCAGAGCCUUCCAGAUCUGUCACUGCUGCCCAAUGUCACAGGAGGUCUGGCACCUCUGCCGUCUGCUGGUGACCUGUUUUCAACAGACUAGAAAAAAUGGUGUCCCCCAGUUUCCAUUAUUACCAGCAGAAGUAAGAAGACUCUGGUGUUGACUGGAAAUCCAGUCUUCCAAGAUCUACAGUAGGAAGGAACUUGCAGACCCUGCUUUCAACCUCUUGGCUGCUCAUGCUCACCCUCUCUCUGUGUACACUGGCUCACACUGAGGGGAGGAAAAAGAGCGAGUUUUUGUGAGCUCUGAAGGGAGUGGGGAUAGUCCAUAUAGGCAAACUUUUCUCAUAUUUUUCCAUACUCUUUAGUUGCUGUUUGCUCUUAGCACUUGUUACCCCCACAAAAGUCAUGAGAAUCAUGUACAUAUAUACCUGAAAAGUUUUCAAAAACAGGUUGACCGUAUAACAUUUUUCUCUGUAAAAGUAUUGUAUUAUUUCUGAAUAAGUCUCGUCUGUUUUAGUUGGGUUUCUGAACCUCAUCUCUGAGAGCAGUAGAGUGGCUAGCGGGCUUCGUAGGGAUGUGUGUGUGUAUGCAGUACUGUACCAUGUCAGCGUAAGAAGGCGGCAUCUACUGAACAAUGGUAGAGAGAAAUAUUUUUCUUAAAUCUACAGUUCCUCAUUCUGUUGUGGGACUGACAUGAAGGUAGUUCCUAUUUGGCAUAUACCUAAAUUGAAACUCACCACAGGCAAUAAAAAUAAGCAGCUUUUCUUUGUGAACUAGAGAUAGCUUCAUAAUUUACACUCUGCUGAGCAAUGCAGAACUGGACUGGAUAUUACCUAAAUGAGAAUGGAAGUAAAUUUUGCUCUAGCU